AUCCCUUCUUCACUGUUGACCAGGGCUCAUCCACGUUUUUUGCUAUAUAUCCUUUUUAUUUUCAUUCCUCUUUACUUUUUCUUCCUCUCCCACACUGGUAAGGGUGACCCUGCCUGCUUUUUCAUUUUAUUUUAUUUUUCCUUACCUUCCCCCAAACCCCUUCCAUUACCCACUGUGGAAUCCCGUACUGUAGGCUUCCAGCUUCUUUUUUUUCCCACCUUAACUGCAUGACAUGGUGUACCCAUCUUGUAUCUGGUUCUGCAAUAAAGGUGUGAUAUUAAACAGCACAAGGUUUAAUCCUAUUGUUGAAAAUGGAAACGCUCUGCCUGCUGUUUUUCUUUAGAGCUUUUCCCCUAUGUGCGUGUAUACUUCCCAACAGUUACAACAGAUAUCUAACAUCACUGUUAUCUCUAGGAAGCUAGAAAGCACUCUUUCCCGGAAUAACCUUGUUACUGUCUGCUUACAGGCAACAUCCAAGGGAGACUGACUCUCUACGAUUUGAGUUGCGAGGCUCUUUUUUUUUUACUAAAGAUAUCCCCCAAAACAAAAGAAGGUCACGAGAAUAUCUGGUGCAUCAGACCAAUUCCAGGCAUUAGAACCACCUCUCUGUCUACCUAUAACUAGACACUUACCAAAGACCAACCACCUCCUUUUCGGCAAUAAUAAGGCCACGGACUCAUAGCCCUUUACCAUUGAUAAAGGGGCAGCAUGAGCUGUAAGUUGAUCUAUUUACUAUGAUAUAUGAAGUGUCUUUAUUUAUUUUUUUUUUAUGAGUUUGUCCUGUCUGUCUACAAUGUUCCGGCACACCCACCCCUUAUGACUCCUAAUAAACAUUGGUUUUGACCAGUCUACCUUGACAUAAGCUUGGCUUUUCAUUUAUAAACCCUUCCCUCUCUUCCUCCCUUUUAUUUUCAAGUAUAAAUCUGCUCGUUUCCUGCUCUCUUUCUACCCCUCAUUUGUUUUGUCCGUGUUACGUGGCUUGUUUAUUCUCAUUAAUUCCAAGCACACGAAUGCACAGCUUCUAUUAUCAAUUUCAUUUCCCCUUACUAGAGAAUUCCCCAUGCUUUACUGUGCCCUGGAGUGAGAAGACCAGCCAGUUAACUAAUAGUCAGGAGGGAGAGAAAAGAGCCCAUGAUUCUUAGCUUACGUGCUAGUGAACUCACAUCGGAUUUUAUAGACUCAACCUAUCCCUCCCUGACCUCCAGGCAUUCUCCAGAUUCAACCUCCAGCUCCCUGUCCUCAGCUACCAGCUUGAACUCCUCCGCGUACUCUGCUACGUUGGACGUGGCAUCUGCUGCCACUACUCCGCCGUGUAUAUCGAGGAACGAGUUGGAUCAGAAUAUGACUGAUUACAGACUGCAUAGUGUAUCUGCGCUGUAUGUACCGGUGCCGCAAGGUAAACUCCCUCCUUAUGUUCUGAAUUGGUAUAUCUGACAAAUAUGUGUAUUUUGGGAGGAGUAGCUGCACUCAACCACAACCAGGUCUUCCAUCCACAAUGCAAUCUUCUGGAGGAGUUUUGCCCGCCUCGCCUGGUAUGAUGCCCAGGGGAGAUGGCUAUCAUCUCCAAUACCAUCAGCCUACCAGGAGCGUGUUUCCGAACUCCAACGGACUUGCAAUGAAUAACCUAUCCCGCUACUCCAAUUAUCAGACAACACGACCGAUGGAUAUGAACUCGAAUGCACAGGGUGGCACAAUGUUUGGUGCUUCCGGAGGCUUUGUUUUCGACUCACCAGCAUCAAGGCAAUCGAGUUCAGCGAGCCCUGAGGCUCCACCGUUCCACGAAACCACCGUCUUGCACAAUCUGUUGAUAAACAACCACCCUGUGAGGCCGGACAUCAACGCGAAGAUUCACAAGGGGUUCUUCCAAGUAGACGGUAAAUGGACCUGUUACCGGCGAAAUUACUUUUCCCUAUCCUGUUCCUUCACUUUGCGGCCCUGGAUCCAAAUGCAGAGCUCUACCCCAUACAUUCAGCUUUCAAACGGCACCACCCCGAGGGUCAAAUCAUUUGCCAUGGCCAUUUCUGCGGUGGUUCAUGGACAGGAAAACGAGGUGCGGGAGCUUGUCCAGCACACGCCAAAGCGUGAUAAACAGUCCGAGAGACGCCCAGGCAAGGUUUCUCUCGAACCACAGCCGCCACCAUCUUUGAUGCUUAACGCAGGGCCAGUAAGCAACGGCCAUCAUCAUAUGGCAUUUUCUAUGCCUCCUCAGUCUCCCAUGCAUUUUGACUGUGGCUCUGCAUUUGGAAGCGGUCACUCUCAGGCGGUUCAAACCGCGCCAACAUCUCAUACCUUUGAGCGAAUCCAAUUCCAGAAGGCAACAGCUAACAAUGGCAAACGCCGUGCGCAGCAACAGUUUUACCAGCUGGUGACCGAACUUUACGCCGAUGUCAGUGAUCCAAACUCGAAAUCGUCGCCACAGUGGAUCUUAGUCGCGAGGCGUCUUUCAUACCCCAUGGUUGUCCGAGGACGAUCUCCCGGCCAUUACAAGGAUGGACGGCGUGAAAGUACGACGAGCAUUGGACCCGAGAGCGACACCGGAGCUUCAGGUGACGGGCGAAUGAGCGGUCUUACUAACGGAAUGGUGCAAAGUACACGACAACCGCCUCCUUUGCUUUCUACGUACGACCAAAGCCACGGCCGACGAAUGACGGCCACCGAUCAGCCUCCAUUAACCGCAGGAUCCCUAGUUUCCUCAUCUUCCUCUUCACCUGGGUUUGACUUUGGAAUGAUGAACGAUUCCAUGAAUCCAAUGGAAACUAUGAAAGACACCAACGUUGAUGCAUAUGGCCAUCAGUCGUAUAACUCGGCUUCAGCUGUUCAGCGAAAGCCAGGAUCCACAGGAUGGCGGAUAUGUCGAGCCUUUCGAGCCAAUGGUUUCCCUGAUGCGUCAUGA